UUAUGCAAAAUCUUACCCCACGAAGAUAUAUAUAAUUAAUCAACCCAUAGCAGUUGCUGCAGAGUCAACAAAAAGACUGUACAAUGGCUUCAGAAGAAUCGCAGAACAAACCAAGUGGGCACUCAAGCAGCGAGCUCUUGGCAAGCGCGAAGUUGGUGGCAGAUGCAGCACAAUCCACUAUGAAGAAUGAAAGUGACAAGGUGGACAAAGCAAAGGUUGCUGAUGCUGCAGGGGAUCUUCUAGAUGCUGCUGGUCAAUAUGGGAAAUUCGAUGAUAAAAAAGGUGUAGGGCAAUAUCUUGAUAAGGCAGCGGAUUAUCUGCAUCAGUACCAGAAUACUAGUGGUACACCUCCUCCUUCCAAACCUCAAGAGUCCAAAGGUGAUGAUGCAAAACCUGAUGAAGGUAGUGGCGCUGCUGGUGGUGGUGGUGGAUUUGGUGGGGAUUUUGCAAAGUUGGCUGGUGGAGUUAAAGCUAAAAUUGGUUGACGAUUCGUUAUGUUCAAAGUCUCUUAUGCAUUGACCUUUCAAAAGCAAUUAUGCAUUCACGUUAAUGACUACUGUAGCCAACCCUCAAAACAAGGUUUGAAGUCUGCUUGAUUGGUGGCGGCGAUGGUGGUGGUGGUGGUGGUGGUGGCGGCGGCAGCUUUAAAGACACGGGCUGUUGAACUGGGGGAGGAACAUUCGGUUGAGGGGUCUCAGGUUUUAUAUCAUCAGUGUUCAUAUCACCAAAGGUUGGAAUCCUUUUAGGGGCUGGGAUCUCAGGUUUUUCAUCAUCAAUUUUGCUCUUCAAUUUUUCACUAUAAGUUGAUGUCCUUUUCAUUGAUGAUGCAGGGGUGAUAGUUUUUUCAGGCUUCUUUAAAUUCUCUGUAGCCUUGUUACCUUGGUCUCUGGUGGUUUUAAAUGAGCCUGCAUAGGAUGUAGAAGCAAUUAACCAUAAAUGUGUUUUUUUCUUUCAAAGAAGGUAUAAAUUAUU